GUGGAGACACGCUGACGCACAUGCAGAAACCGAACCGAGCCAAUCCACAACCCCGAGCGCAGGGGCGGAUCUACGGUACUAGGAUCGGUGACCGGUGUGUAUGAUCUAAACAUAAUUAAUAUAUUAUAACACCGAUAGAUACGUUAUAACACCAACGGAUUUUCUGGAUCCGUUACUGCCCGAGCGUACAAGCUCAUAUAUAAACAAACCACCGCAAGAUCGAUCGAUCGCUCAGCUAGCCGAGCACGAGCAGAGCGUCUUGUGCGCGCGCAUCUGCAUCUGUAUGCGGCGCCGGCGAUCUCAUCAAUUCUGCGCUGCCGGAUCGAGAUCGAGCUAGGCCAAUAGGCCAUAGCCAAACCAUGGCACUCAUGCUCGCGGCCGCGGCGAGGGAGUGGACGCCGUGCGCGGCGAUGGUGGCGGCGCAGUGCAUCUACGCGGCCAUGACGCUCUGGGCCAAGGCCAUGUUCGGCCGUGGCGUCAGCCCCGUGAUCUUCGUCGUCUACCGCCAGGCCAUCGGCACCCUCGUCCUCGUCCCCAUCACCCUCCUCGCCAACAGGGCAAAAGUGAAGGAGACGAGGAGCCUUGGGACGACAGGCUUGUUCUUGGUGUUUGUGACGGCUUUGCUCGGGGCGACGGUAAACCAGAACCUGACCUACCAAGGGCUGCAUCUGGGCUCGUCAUCCAUGGCGACGGCCAUGACCAAUUUGAUACCCGCGAUAACUUUCUUGAUGGCAGCGUCAGCAGGGCAGGAAAGAGUUAACGUCAGAGAACGGGGCACCAUGGCCAAGAUAUCCGGAACCAUAGUCUGCGUGGGAGGAGCCACGGCCAUGGCGUUCUUCAAAGGCCCAAAGCUUCUGAACUACACGCUUGGUGACCUGAACAUGCUCCUCCACUCGCCGGCGAUCAGCAAGUGGGUUCUCGGCGCGCUCUGCCUCGUCGUCAGCAGCUCAUGCUGGUCACUCCGGCUCAUACUGCAGGUGCCAAUCUGCAAAUUUUAUGUGGAUCCUCUGUCUCUGUCGGCAUGGACCUGCUUCUUCUCGACGCUGCAAUGCGCAGCGCUCGCCGUCUUCCUGGUCCCGGACGCGAACGCAUGGAAGAUCCACUCGCUCUUCGAGCUCUCGAGCUACGCCUUCGCCGGAGUGUUUGGGUCAGGCGUCUGCUUCUACCUGCAAUCAUGGUGCAUCUCGGUGAGGGGGCCCCUCUACUCGGCCAUGUUCACCCCUGUCUGCACCGUGGUCACCACCAUCGUCGCCGCCGCCGUUCUCCAGGAGGAGCUGCACAUUGGAAGCUUGAUGGGAGCAGCUGCUGUGAUCACCGGGUUGUACGUCGUCCUGUGGGGAAAAGCGGACGACAUGAAGCGGGGCAGCGAGCCGGCGACGGCGGCGGCGGCGGCGAAGCCAUGCACGGAUUCGUGUCGCGACGUCGAGCGCACCGCCGCUGAGGAGCCUCUCCUGCUGGCAGACGCCGUCUCAAGCGAGCAGCUCUGAUUGUUUACACAUUACGACAACACUAGACUAUUUUGUAUGAUUAGUAAAAACGGAUCGACAGAUCUGUGCAGUUUUGCUGUUUAUGACUAGUUUACCUGUUGUCUGUUCCGACAUUCGAGCGGCCAGCAAAUGGCCUGAUUUGUUAAAGAUGUGGGGCCGAAUUGCCGAUGCCAUCAUGAAGUAUGAUUGAUACUCCCUCCGUCUCA